AUGGAUGCAAUGAUUUUUAGCCUCUUGUCUCAACUUAAUCCGUCUCAAAGUUCUCUCUUUGCCACAAUCUUGUGGAGUAUUUGGAAACGAAUGAACCUUAAGUUAUGGCAACAAAAGACAGAGACCAAUAGUCAAGUUGUAGCUCGAGCAACGACCCUCCUUGAUGAGUGGAAGGCCGCACAAUGCAUAAGAAGAGAGGGAGGUGCACCUAGAGCUGUGAAUCAGCCGGAGCCAAUUCGACAAGAGACUAUUCGAUGGCAAAAGCCAGCAAGAGGUCGCUACAAAUGCAAUAUAGAUGCUUCCUUUUCUUCUUCACUUAAUCGUGUGGGUCUUGGUAUGUGCAUCCGAGAUGAUGCCGGAGAGUAUGUUCUUGCAAGAAUCGAUUGGUUUUAUCCCCUUUGUGAUGUUGUUAUAGGUGAGGCAGUUGGAUUACAUACGGCACUUCAAUGA